CCAGAGCGGUUGCGAAUUUAAAAAUAUACAAGGUGUAGUCUGGUAGUAAAAAUGUUCCGACUAGGCAAACGCAGCUUCACCAAGUUCAAAGAGCAGAUCGCCGGCCAAGGAGUACCAUCAGUGACCAGGAUCGGACAGGGAUUAUCCAGAAGAAGUUUGUCCUCGGAAUCGACACUUCCGGAAAGUGCUGAUGUCGUCAUUAUUGGUGGAGGAUCCGCUGGAUGUAAUACGUUGUAUCAGCUGACGAAGCGAGGUAUUCGGGCUGUUCUGCUUGAGAAGAACAAGCUAACCGCUGGAACCACAUGGCAUACGGCGGGGCUGGUGUGGCGUCUGCGGCCCAACGAUGUGGAGAUCAAGCUGCUGGCAUCGACUCGUAAUCUACUGAUGAGCUUGGAAGAAGAAACCGAUCACAAUUCCGGAUGGAUCAACAACGGAGGACUGUUUAUAUCGCAUUCCGACGAACGGCUCAACGAGUACAAGCGACUGGCAACACUGGGCAAGUGUUUCGGCAUUGAAAGCCACAUCCUGACUCCGGAAGAGGCGCAGGAAGUGUUUCCACUGCUGGAUCCAGCAGGAUUCACUGGAGCUCUGUAUUCUCCUGGAGACGGAGUGGUUGAUCCGGCCAUGAUGUGUACCGCAUUGACAAAGGCUUCCGUUGCUAACGGCGGAAUGAUCGUCGAGGACUGCUCGGUCAGUGAGAUCGUAACGGGAGAGAACCUGCUCGGAGUUCGGGAUGUGCGAGGAGUUGUUACCAACAAGGGAAUGAUUCGUACGAAUACGGUGGUUAAUGCGAUGGGUGUUUGGGGACGAGAUCUCAUUGAACCCUUGGGCAUUCAUCUGCCACUGAUUCCGAUGAAGCAUGCCUACGUGGUAUCGGAAACCAUGGACGGCAUCAACCAGAUGAUGCCAAACAUCCGCGAUCAUGACUCCAGCAUCUACUUCCGUAUCCAAGGCAAAUCAAUCUGCAUGGGAGGAUACGAGAACAACCCGAUUCUGCUCGAUCGUGUUCCUGGAGAUUUCCACUUUGGUCUGUACGACCUGGAUUAUUCCGUGUUCGACACGCACAUUCAGGGUGCGGUGAAGAUAUGUCCGGAAUUCGGCAAAGCCGGCAUCAAGAGUACGAUCUGCGGUCCGGAGUCGUUCACGCCGGAUCACAAACCGUUGAUGGGGCCCGAUCCGAUCAUUAACGGACUGUUCCACAACUGUGGCUUCAAUUCUGCCGGGAUGAUGCUUGGCGCGGGAUGUGCUGAGCAGCUUGCCAAGUGGAUCAUCCACGAUCGUCCCGAUCUGCACAUGUUUGCAUACGACAUCCGACGAUUCAGCCCUAAACAGAAGAAGGCGCUCAACUGGGCUACCGAGAGGAGUCACGAAGCGUAUGCCAAGAACUACAGCAUUGUGUUUCCGCAUGAUGAGGCGCUUGCCGGAAGAAACUUUACCGUGGAUCCAUUCCACAAGCAAAUGAUCCAGCACGGUGCCGUGAUGGAGGAACGCCACGGCUGGGAACGUCCUGGAUACUUCCUGCCGGAGGACACCGUUGUGGUACAACCGUACGAUUGGUACGGCUACUACGACUACCCGAAGAACACCAACACAAACUACGAGGAAGCGCUGCAAAAGGACUACACGUUUGGCUUUCCCGAGCAUCACGAUCUGAUCGGCGAAGAAGCGCACACCUGUCGCCAGGAAGCGGUCCUGUUUAAUCUGAGCUACUUCUGCAAGCUGUUCCUGACCGGAAGCCAGGCAAAGGAAGCGGCCGACUGGAUCUUUACCGCGGACACGAACAAACCAAAGGGCAAGACCGUCUACACUUGCGCCCUGAACAAGCGAGGCGGUGUGGAAGCUGAUGUUACAGUUAGUAUUGUGGAGUCAGGACAGGGUGAACUGCACGAUCCUAUCUUCAAGGGUCGCGGGUACUACAUCGUUGCGGGUGGAGCCUCGGCGUAUCACACCAAGUCGCACCUGCUUGCUACGAUCCAGGAGAAGGCGCUGCGAGCAGUUGUUACUGAUCAAACGGAAGAGUUGGGGGUGCUUUCGAUCCAGGGACCAAAGAGUAGAGAGAUCCUGCAGAAGAUCACCGAUUUCGAUCUGAGCGAUGAGGAGCAACUCCCGCCGAACUCGAACGCCGUGUUGAGCUUGAAGAUCAAUCCGUUCUACUCGUGUAACGUCCGAGUGCUGCGGGUUAGUUUCGUAGGAGAGCUCGGGUACGAGUUGCACAUUCCGGAGGAGAGCUGCAACGACGUGUACAACGCGUUGAUGAAGGCUGGAUACAAGGAUGGACUUAGGAACGCUGGUUACCGCGCGUUGUACUCGCUGAGCAGCGAAAAGGGUUAUCACCUUUGGGGUAAUGACCUGCGGGCGGACGAUACCCCGGUGGAGGCCAACCUUGGAUUCACGUGCAGAAAGAAGGGCGACUACCAGGGAAAGGCGAUCGUCGACCGGCAACUGGAGAAUGGAAUCAACAAGAAGCUGGUGUUCUUCACGUUAAGGGAUCAGGUACCAAUCUGGGGGCUGGAGGCGGUCUACCGCAACGGCGAAAUCAUCGGACACAUGCGACGUGGCGAGUACGGAUACACCCUGCAGAAGCCGAUCGGUCAAGCUUACGUGACCCGGCCGGACGGUGAUUACGUGACGAACGAGUUUAUCCGAAGCGGUCGCUACCAGGUCGAGGUCAUGGGCAGGAUGUACGAUGCCGAGUGUCACCUGCGCAGUCCGUUCGAUCCCAAGGGCGAACGAAUCCUGGGCAUCUAUAAAUAAAGAUUUACUACCAACCCUACUCUGAAUACCCCGUAAAA